GCUGGUGGGGAGAAGAAAUUGGUAAAUGAACGUUUCUUCUAUUUCCUGUUACUUCUUUGCUUUCGAUCCAAGUCGUUUUAUAUGUUCUCAAAUAUAUGAAUUCAAGCUACUAGCGUGGUUCGCUUUCCGGGAAGAGGUGAGGCUUCAAGCAUCUGAAAGAAAUGGAAAAGAAAAAUGGUCCCACACCAGUUUCAUCAUCCCUGGUUAGUCUGCUACAAAAUCGUGCUGAGCCUAGAUUUAACGCCAGUCAACUCUCAAACAGCAUGCAGACUCAAAAUCAAGCAUUUCCUUUUGCAUCUUUAGCAAACCAGAGAGUGAACACAAAUCCUGCCAGAGACACCCAGGCACCAGGAAGAACAAAUAUAAUUUCACUUCUCCAGUGCUCAAACCAAACUAAUGUGUCUAAAACAUAUCAAACUGGAAGUUCUGCAAUGCCGGGAAAUCGAGGUAACCAAUUUCCUUCAGUGAUAGGAAUGGUCAGGGCACCGGCACAAUCAAAUGCAAUUCAACAAGUAGUUUAUGUUCGACCAAUGACAAGUUCUGGUACCUCAUCCAAUGCAAAUGGCGUUGGAUUAGUGUCCUUUUCAGCUGGCAAUCAGGCCCCAACAAUGUUCACUAACCCUUUUAGUAUACGAGGACUUUCUCCUCAAAAAAAUUCCAAGCGAAGCAGUUACCCAGCCUAUGUGCCAAUCUACCCCCAGAAGAUAGAAGGUAGCCCAAGUCAACAGCAGUCUGCAUUGUCUUCGGUUCAGAGAUUCAACCAUCUAGUCAAUAACAUCAGUGCAAGUAUAGCCUCCGUGAAGAAAAACCUAGAAGCAUCUUUUGAAGGUCAAAAGAGAGAACGACCGAUUGACCAAGCACAUUCAACUGACAGUAAUAGUAAACGGGUUAGAAUCGGAUGGAGCCCUGGAAAACGAAAAAACUCAAAUGAAAGGCAGUCGACACCGCCCCCAAUCCUUGUGAUUUCAUCUGAUGAAGAAGACAAUGAUUCGCAUAACAAGGAAAAAACAUCAACCCAAGCAAACCAAGGCGCAAGACUUAGAUUUGUAAAUGAAAAGAAAGUUUCAUCAGAUAUUUCGACAACUGCGAAUAACAUAGCAGAGCGACUCCCAAAUGCUGCAACAACUUCGGACGAAACACAAAGAAGCACGACCAUGGAAAGCCUUAGUUAUGGUUUAUCAAUUCUCGAUAAUCCUCGAAAAAUUCUCGAUACACUUGAGGAAGUCCUGAGAGACAGACCUACAAGACUUAGAGUCAAUCUACGAAGCUUGUAUUUAUAUAGCAAGAUGGGUUGCUUGAGCAAGGUUUUAUCGAUUCUUCUUGAAGAUAUAAGUCCUGCUGCUCCAGUACAUUCAGAAGAUGGAAAGAGUGCAUUGCAUGCAGCAGCCUCUAAAGGGCAUUUAGACGUUCUUAUUGUCCUUGUUUAUAAGGCAGGUGUGCAUGUUGACGUCACAGAUAAAUACAAAAGGACACCGCUGUACAUUGCAGUGGAGAAAGGGCACUUACAAGCUGCCCAGUUCCUCCAUAAAGCAGGCGCCUCGCUUCUGUGCAAGAACUUUGAUGGAAUGGGUUUAGUACACGUUGCCGCCCACAAAGGACAUGUAGAUAUUCUAGCAUGGUUACUGAGUCGGAGGAAAUCGCUGAACGAGCAGGAUAAUGGCGGCUGGACCUCUCUUAUGUGGGCUGCGGAGGAUGGCAACGCAGAGGCACUGCAACUUCUAAUAAGAAAAGGAGCGAGAACGGAUCUUCGAGACAAGGAGCAGAAUACAGUGCUGCAUUGGGCAUCCAUGGCUGGUGCGUUAGAGGGCUGCGAAGUAGUGCUCGAUGCAAAAUGCGACGUGAAUUGCGUUAACAUGUAUGGAGACACGCCGCUGCACAUUGCAGCUAGGGAAGGGAAUUUUAACAUUGUCAAGCUGUUCCUGCUUCGUGGUGCUGAUACUUCUGUUAAAAACAAAGAGGAUAAAAUGCCUAUGGAUGUUUGCGUCAACAAUCCCCAAGUGCGGGAUGCAAUCAGACUGAGGCAUGCUAUAGGUCACGUGAACAUCAGGCGAAAAUAUGAUUGCGACAUUUCAAGAGGCAAAGAAAGAAUCCCUAUCAGCUGCAUAAACGAAGUGGACGAUGAGCCGUUGCCUCUGAGCUUCACUUACAUAACUGAGGCUGUUGAGUCGCAUACCGUCAGCAUCAUGAAAGAUCUACUCACUGUUAAGGGAUGCAAAUGUCAAAAUGACUGCUCGGUGGAAAUGUGCGAGUGUAUUCAGAGAAAUGAAGAAACCAAGUGCUGGUACGAUGAAGGCGUCCUUGAUAUGUCCUUUAUGGAGCUUGACCAGCCUGUUUUGGUUGAGUGCUCAAAGCUUUGUCAUUGUUGGUCAUACUGUAGUAACAGGGUGGUGCAAAAAGGCCUGCAGUUCCCGCUGCAAGUUUACAAAACCGCCAAUAUGGGCUGGGGUCUUCGCACGAUUGGACCUAUCUUGAAAGGGUCGUUCGUUUUGAAUUACGUUGGUGAAGUGAUUUCAGAUGACGAAGCUGAUCGAAGAGGAGACGAUUCCUACUUGUUUGAUCUCGAUAUGAAGAACUCGAAUGACGAAGACAAUUGUCUCGAUGCAAAUUUCUAUGGCAACUGUGGACGAUUCAUAAACCACUCAUGUGAAUCGAACCUCGUUCCUGUUAGGGUUUUUACACAUCACCGGGACUGGAGAUUUCCAGGAAUAGCAUUUUUUGCAAGUCGCGAUAUCGAAGCCUAUGAGGGUCUAAGUUUCGAUUAUGGUGAUAAAUUUUGGGAAAUAAAGAAGAAAAGCGGUCUUCGAUGCCAAUGCGAUUCCGCAAAUUGUAAAUACCUCGACAUAUAAUAUAGCAGUGUACAGGAUUUUUACAUAUUUUUACUGUUUAUAAAGAGUUCGAUAAAAGCUGGAAUAUUUUAUUGUAUUAUCCGACAAGUUUGUAUUCCAUGUAAAGAUGCAUCGUCUGCGAGACAAUUUAGUUGUAAGUUUUGCUGUAGCCCCUGCUAGGCUGACGUCUAUCAAGUGAAUUGCGUUUUCGCCAUGGAAAGAUGUGUAGAAACUUGGUCUAUCCAUCCUCGGUUAUUAUGACAAUCAGAAUGUUGCGUAUCGAUUGAUUUUUUUUAAGCAUUAAUCAUGUUGUCAAUAUUUGACGCAAAUCUACUGGCUUUGCUUCCAAGUUGGAUUAUCAUAGAUUUUGUUAAAAUAUGUGUUUGAGGGACAAAUAUUAAAAAUUAGAAUAUAAUAUACUUAUCGAAUAUUGUAAAUACGUUUUAGAUAUUAUGCAUGUAUUUUAAGGCUAAGAUUUGUUUUAAAUUUAAUCUUCUAACGCUGUUUGUGGUACGUUUUAAAAACUCUUUGAUCCUGUUCUAUCUUUUUAUCUAGCUUUUGAAAUAAUUGGUGAUUUUUGUAUGUUUGUCAGAUCUUGUUGACUCUUCAACUUUCAAUUCAGAAACACUUAAUUGUAUUUUUUAAAUUAAGUAAAAGAUAUUUAGGCUGCCAUAAGAGAUCUGUUUCAUGCAAACUGCUGCAAAGGAGUUCUUAGAGAGUAUUCAAAACUUUGUUGAAACCACCUUUAUUUUCUGCCGAAUUUUCGUUAUUUUACAACCAUUAUUCACAGGGCGUACCGAGGUAAGGGAUGUGAGGGUGUGCUGCAAGCCGUCCGUAAUUUUGGGCUUCUUUGUGAAAAUUGAGGCUCUGAUUGUUUUUUCAUCUUUUUUCCAUCUUCUUCAACUUUAAUCCCCGCUUCAAAUCCCCCCAGGCUGCUCUAAAUCUUCUCUCUCAAUUUCGCAUUGCUGAACCGUGUCUAUUAAUUAAGCUUUAAAGUCUAUUAAAACUAUGCAAGGCCGUUUUCAUCGUCAUUUUUAAGUCAAACCAAAUAGAACUAAAGGACAUAGUUUUUAAAAAAGCUUACGAAUAUUGCUAAGGACUUGACUUUGGUCUAAAUCAAUUUUGUAAUUAUUUCAAAUGCAUUUUUUCACCAUCCCUUCAAUGAUUUUUUUCUUUAUAGCCAUGCAUGUUGGCGGUCCUUACUAGGUCUCUGAACAAUCGUGACAUUUUGCCCCCUCAACUACUUUUACAAAGUUUCCAUAAUCCAGCCCGUGGUACCGAUCUCCUAAUCUCGGCUGCUGCUCAACCGAUUAAUGUCCGUUGCAACUGAACCAAUGUUCAGAAUAAUAUCAACCUCGUCAUGUUUUGAUUGGAAGAUGACGAAGAGUGCAAAUAGUUUUUUUAUCACGUGACAUAUACUGAUCUAAUUAUUUUCAAAUCGAGGCUAGUACACCUCUUGUCUUUCUGAGGCUAACAUAUCUUAGCCUUUAUAACAUAUGCUGGGGUUAUCGGGUGCCCACGUAGCGGGGUUCGUAGGGGGGGCUAGUUAAAGCUAACAGGUGCAGGCAUAGCCGAUCCAUUGGAUGAAUUAAUCAUUACUUAAUUUACAACCAGGAAGCAGUUUGUAGAAAUUAAUGGUCAACAUUCCAUAUAAAACGAAGUAGAGUUAGAAGUACCUCAGGGCUCUGCUCUUGGCUCUAAACUAUUUUGUAUACAUGUUACCGAUCUACCUGAUGUUCCCCCAGUGACGAUUCAUUAUAAAUGUUUGCUGAUGAUACCGAGUUCUUCUGCAUUGGAGACAUCAUGGAAAAAGUUACAAUCAACAUACAAACUGCUCUUGAUGAAAUUAGUAAUGGUGGAAACCAAACAUCCCCACACUACAUCCUGCAAUUUUGCUAUCAAGAAGCCCUUAACUGGAGCUGAAAGUCUAUCAAACUAGGAGAUCUCGGCCUAAACUAUAUACUAUGUAGAACCAAAAAUGUUUAGCAUAUGGGUUACUGAUGCCAAGUUAAAUUUGGACUAACAUAUAAAGAAUGCUGCAUUGAAUGUGAACAGUAAAAGUAAAGAACUAAAUACAAUGAAAUAUAUGACAAUGAAAGUCCUCGAAACAAUAUAUCUUAAGGGAAUUUUCCCGGUCUUUACCUUCCGAACAUCAGUAUGGGCACAAUAAGAAAUUACAUCACUGAACAAAAGUUGACUCGUUUUGCCAGGGCUUCAAAGCUAACAAGAUAGUAGCUAUCAAGCUGAAAUCUUUUAUUGACUUU